CAGGCUUGCCUGCGUCUUAUUUUAUUUCGUUUUCGUUAUGAGAAUUGAUGCUGGGCUUGGCUUACGCUCUGUCUUUCUCCGGGGCCAUGCGAGUCUGUAUAGAACGAAAAAGCAACUCUAACAACAAAGGGGUGGAAACGUAUGCAUAUAAAAUACAUACUGUACUCGGUUUACGGUAGGAACAAAAAAUACGCGUUUAGAGUGCAAAGCCGGACAUAUUUAAUUGUUCCUUCAUAUUUGGACUGUGAGCCGUAGAAGUACAGCGAAUGCUUACGCAUGGAUAAGAAAUUUAAUUCAUUCUCGUUGGACUGGAGGGUCUUAAAAGUUAUGUGAUCUGCAGAUGUGCGCCCACACUUUGUGACAUGUUGUGGAAAAAAUAUAUAAUUCGGAUCUUGUUUUCGGAAUUUUUCAGUACAGAAAAAGGCAAUAGGAAACCCCUCUUUAAUAUUGUAGCGAACUUAAGUUCCAUUAAGAUACAAUAAUGGAGACACUGAGUUCAGAGGGAAGAAUGGAAAGUUUGAAAGAACACAUUUAUUGUUGUAAUGCAGCAACAGAAGUUCUAAAGUUCGGUCAGUCUAAUCUGCUGCAUGCCAGUGGAUGUGAAGAAUCUUCCUCUGUACUUUUUUUGAUCAUUCCAGGAAAUCCAGGGAUUGUUGGUUUUUACAAGACAUUCAUGCAAGUCAUCUACCAAUCAUUUGACAAAAAAUAUCCUGUGUGGGCUGUAAGUCAUGCUGGGCAUUGUGUGCCUCCAGACGUUAUGGAUAUGAAAGAAGACACAAAUGAAGCCAAACUGGAGGAUGUCUUUGGUCUAAAUGGGCAAGUUGAACACAAAUUGGCCUUCCUAAAGCAAUAUGUACCAAGAGAAGUAAAGCUCGUACUGGUUGGGCAUUCCAUCGGAUGCUACAUUAUCCUGGAAAUAAUGAAGAGAGACCCGUUACUUCAGGUUCUCAAAUCUGUGUUGCUGUUUCCAACAAUAGAGCGAAUGGCUCAGUCACCUCAAGGAAAGCUUAUGACUCCUAUGCUGUGCCGACUGCGUUAUGCAAUGUAUGUGCCUAUUUACCUGCUGUCCUUCCUGCCAGAAAGAGUCAAAGCCUCCAUGGUGAGAUUGUUGCUGCAUCGCCUCCAGACACUGGAUGAAUCAUGUGUUUCUGCCACCAUUAACCUCUUUAGUGUGGAUUGUACAGCAAAUGCAAUGUAUAUGGGAAGCCAAGAGAUGGUUCAAGUUAUGGACAGAGAUAAUGCAACCAUUCAAGAGAACCAAGAGAAGCUAGCAAAUGCAAUGUAUAUGGGAAGCCAAGAGAUGGUUCAAGUUAUGGACAGAGAUAAUGCAACCAUUCAAGAGAACCAAGAGAAGCUAAUCUUCUACUAUGGUGAAAAUGAUAACUGGUGCCCUGUACAAUAUUAUGAAGAGAUUAAGAGAGACUUUCCCAAAGCUGACAUCCGUUUGUGUAACAAAGGAAUUCGCCAUGCAUUUGUCCUGGAUGCUGGAAGAGAUGUGGCACUGAUGAUGACUGAAUGGCUACAGAAGGUCUUGCACAGUCUGUAGUCUUCUGUUUUGUGUAAGGUCUUACUGUAGCUUCUUUUGCAGUAAGACAUCAUGUGCACCCAACUUGGUUAAUGAAUCAUAAAAAACAGUACUUUCAGAAACAAGAGCAACGUUGUUGAAAAUUUUCCUGGAUUCUGAAAUGGAGAAUGUUAUUUAAGCUGUUCUUUUAUAUAUUUGUAGUAAUUAUUGUAAAUCUAUAGCAAUUUCUUACAGGCCUAAGAAAUCAAAGAAGGUAAUUUCUUGUAACAUUCAGCUACAGUAACUUACCAUAGAUAUCUAGUACCUCUCAUAUUUCAUUAAUGGCAAUAAUCAUGCAGAAAUUGUUAGAUUAGUAUUUUGGAAUGAAUGUUGAAAGUGGAUAACAUUGCAAAAAAAAGCUUAAAGUCUGUUAUAUUUAUUUCUACUUUUAGAAUACUGCCUGGUAUAGUGACAGAUUUGAAGAGAGCAAGUUAUUAAAGUAGAGGGUACUGUUUAUAUAUAGCAAAGGAGAUCCAGUAUUCUGAAGGCAUCCUCUGCCCUUUAAAUUUUUUUAAUAGUUUGCACAGAUUUCUGAAAAAUCAUAACUUAUUUUCUCACAACUACAAUAUAUAAGCACAAAUCCUAAAGCUGUAGGAAUCUUUCUCAAAAUAAAACAGUUUUCAAAGUCAUGUAAACGCUCAAUAAGACAGCAUUUUAAUGCAAAAUGUUACAAGCAAGCUAAUGAAUGGACUAAUUUAACACCCUUUAUACACAUGUGAUAAAUGACACUGUAGUAUAAGUAUGAUUUGUACUUCACUUGUAAGGUGGUGUGCAAGAAAAACUUUGUCUGAUAAAAAAAGAGAUAAACAAACACAGCAAGAGGUAGUUUAAUUUUACUCCGGCUUGAUUGUUUCACUUUUUUAACAGCGUACAAGAGAAAAAAGGAUAACAUGAACUAGCAAACAAAAAAAUGAUUCAUUGUACUAUCUUGUCUCCUGAUGAUGCUAGUCACUGUCUUCUACACCACAGUGUCUGAGCAGUGGGAAGAAAAUAGUAAUGAAUGAUGAGUCUUGGCUUAACAUGACUCUUAUGAAGUAUUACCACAUAGCUUGCGCUGACAAGUCAUGAAACCUUACACCAUUGGCCACUGUGCUGUACAGUAAUUGAAUCGCUAGCCAGCAUAGGGAGGAAUAUCUAACUUAUGCACCCAUAAGCAACCAGGGUGGUCUUCAUUGUUAUACUACUUUAGGACCUUAUACUGGAGUGUAGUAUGCACACUCUUUUUUUCUUGAUUAACUCCAAUGCUUUUCUCAAUUCUGUGGAUAAUGUAGAGGAUGAUUUAUGGGAGUGACCAAUACACAGCAUGUAAUCAUUUGGGACAGCAUUCUUGCAGACCAUAUUGGUGGAAAUUUGGUUUAUAUUAAUAUUUUUCAUUAUUUAACAGAUGCCCUAAUCCAGUGUGAGUUACAAAGCAACCCAUAGUGCAAUGUAGUAAGAGUCUUUCCAUUCCCUGCUAUUCAUCCCUUUUUGAACCUGAUCAUUUUUUUUUGCCUGAAAAUGUAAGAUUUAGAAUGUCAAUCCUCCAUGACCUUUUAUCCUCUUCAUUGCAAAGUUAAACCCUUGUUCUACCAGAGAGAGAUAUUCAUGGCAAGUUAGACUUUAAUCCACUCUAGUGAAUGCGUUUAAAAGACUCAGAAUCUGAUCUUUGAGCAAGUAUACUGAAAACAUUUUGAUGGAAUUUUGCAGUGACUAAUAGAAAGAGGCCUGGGAAAGUCAUAUUUUUGAGACUCACAUAAAUCACAUUUUUAGCACAUCUCUUGUACAAUUUUUAGGAAAGUUCUGUUUUUUGCCAUGCAUUAGUGAGACUGUUCAAUGUUCACAUAAUAAUGUAAGAGACAAUACAUUAAAUAAAACAUAUAGAGAUAAAAAAAUAAUAUUCAAUGUAGCCCUUGAUUUUGGAGGAAGCUUGCAGUGUAUGUUGUGAAUUAUUAAAAAAAAAAAAAAGAUGAACAUAAAGGUUUAGAAUAAAACACUGUGGGACAUCAGGAUUUACAAAGUUAAGUCUCUUUUUUUGCUUUUUUUACUUUCUCACAGUAUUAUGAAGCACUAUUUUAUAUAUAUUAAGCUAUUUUUCAAAUGCACACAUUUUCAUCAUAUUUAUAACAAUUUUAGUAUAGGCCUUUUGUGAUUUUUUUUUUCUCCUUAUGCUCCUAAUAGCUUAAUCAGUUGUGUUACUUUAUAUUCUAAGAAAAAAAUUAAUGAAAGCAUACACAAUGGAUAAAUAAAUAUCCAUCCAUCCUUUUUUAAUCUUAAACUUGUGCAGGUCAUACUAAAUGUUCUGAGGAAUGUCAGAGUUGCAGCUAUAUGCUUUAGGUGUGCAUUGUUGUGAGGUGUUCAGGUUUGAUGCUCCCUGAUUCUCUUUGUUCAAGUUCCAUUUUAUUGUCAUAUACACAUAGUAUAAUGGAAAAUGACUGGGAAAAUUUUAAAAUAAAACAUACAAUAAAUUCUAUUUGUGGUUUUUAGCUUGCAAGUCUGGUUUCAGAAUUAUUGUUAGUGGCGGGAUAGUUUAAUGACUGCUGUGAUGAGAAUGUUUGCUUUCCCAUUUCCUUUGUCUUUCUAAUUAAUAUCAGGGAAACUAAACCAGGAAAAUGCACUGAAAAUUUAAAUCUUAUUUGUAAAAUGUAAGCUAAAUAUUAUUGUAUUUAAAUUAUUUUCCUGCUGUAUUAUGCAAUGGCAAACACUGAUACAGUAGGUACCAAAGUACAAAACAGCAAAAUAAGUACACUGUUUUGAAAGUUACUUUUGCUUUCUUGUUUGAAUAUUCGGAUAUCAGUUUUUCUGGGCUAUGUUAAAUAAGUGUACUCUCAAGUUAUAUUUUUAUUGUGUAAUAAUUUGAACAUCACUGAUUAAUUUAUACAAUUUAUUGAGGAUGGUUUAUUAUAAAAGUGUUUUUAUUUUAGGGGUUAAAUGUAUGGUUACCAGACCAUAUUUUAUUUUGUCUGAUUUCUUUUAUUAUUGCACUUACUGUAAGUAGGCUGCACUGUGUUCUCCUUGUAUAAUAUUAAAAUAGAACAUGAUGCAGUUUCACUAUACAUUAUAAGUAAAUACUGUAGCAACUUGAAUUCUUUAAUAAGAGAACUAAUUUCCUUAUAUUGUGCUUGAUGCUAUCAAUUGAUGUUUUUACUUUCCUUUUUUACCCUUUUUCUUGUGAUAGCUUUCUGAAAUUAACUGUUUGAUUAUAGUACUAUUACUUGCACUUCAACUACUCUUAAGAUUUUGAAAGAUUGCUUUACUUCUGGAAAAUACCUGUUAUUAUUGCAUUUGUGUUUUUAGAGUACUCAAUUGGAAAAAACUAUUGUAAACUUAUUUUAUUCAUUGCAUAAAUAAACCUUAUAUUAAAACAA